AUGAAUGUUAGCUAUUUGCUUGAUCAUCUAAUCGCUAGUCACGAUCGCCGGAUAAGGCCGAACUAUGGUGGAGCGCCUAUCGAAGUGAACGUCACCAUCCAUGUUACAACGAUAAGUGCAAUUUCGGAAGUCUCCAUGGAUUAUACAGUGGAUUUGUAUUUACGUCAGUUUUGGCAUGAUAGUCGAUUAGCAUUCGAGAGUGACGACGAGACGAAAUUGACUAUUGGAAUCGAUCUGGUGAAGAGUAUUUGGGUGCCGGACACGUUUUUCCCAAAUGAAAAGAACGUAGUGCAAGCGCAACUCUUUGAAAACGUUGGCGUUUCGUUUCUAUCAGCAGUGAAAGCAUUCGAAACCAUUCCGUUGCUCUCGCGGAUGAAACUAUUUCCUUGUUUCGAUGAUAAAUUGGAAUUAGCUCGUUCUGGAAAGUCAUCAGCUCUCGGGAAUCCUUCCACAUUUCCGCUGGAUGUUCAGGUAUGUGCGCUAGAAAUUGAGGUAAGUCAACAUUUUCACGCAUUUCUACAUUUGUGUAAAUUAAAGUAA